AUGAACAAGACGAUCUUAUUUUUAUUAUUAUGUUUUUUGUAUUCAACAGGUUUGUUUUUAUACUUACUUAUUUAAGUAGAUACUUAUUGUUCUUUUGUUUUUUCCAGUAUCCGCACAGUAUUUUGAAUGGCCACAGCAACAGCAAUGGAAUUUCCAGCAACAACCUCAAUGGAACUUCCAACAGCAGCAGCAACCGCAACCACAAUAUUAUCAGCAGCAGCAACAACAACAAUACAAUAGACAAUAUUUCCCACAGCAGCAACAACAGCAGCCUCAAUAUUAUCAACCGCAACAACAAUUCCAACAACCUCAGGUUCAACAACAACAAUACCAACCACAAGCUGCUCCCCCACAAAGAGUUGAAGUUCCUUCAUCUCCACCUCCCCCACAACAACAACCAGCGCCACAAAUCUAUUCACAAACAGUUGUGAUUCCACAAGCCCCACCGCCACCACCAGAAGCUUAUCAACAAUCGCAAUAUGCUCCACAACAGACUGCACCGAUUUUUGUAGAAGCUGCCAAUAUUCCAAGAUACCAUCAAAAACCAGCUUCGGAACAACUUCAACAUAUUGAUAGAGCCCGAUCGAUUUCAUCAUUUGAUGUUGAUAAUCGAAUUUUGAGAGAGCAACCGAAUUCUUUUGCGCAAAAUCAGGAGAAAGUGAGUUGCUCGAAAUAUUCAUCAUAUUCCUUUUUGUGUUUUGGUUACUGUAGUUUUGAUCACUUGUAAGAUCUUGUUCAGAUUCAACUUCUUGCACAACCUCCACCACCUCCACCUCCACCAGCACAUACCCAAGCACCUCUUGUCAGUUUUACAAUUAGCUGAACCUCUCACUUUUUGUCUUGUUUUGUCCAGUUUUGUCUUUUUUGUAGAUUCGUGUUCCUCCUCCGCCAGCUCGAUUCAUUCCAAAUCUUUCAACUCUUUAUGGAAUCGAUUCACCACCUCAACAUGAAAAGGUGCAAAAAAUCUCCCGAAUUUUAUUUAUUUUGUCUAUGUUCAAUGUUUUUAGAAUCCAUCAUACACUCCAGAUCAUAUCAAAGUCGAUAAUCGUCAUUCAGCCUACUUUGAAGAUACUCAGAGAACAAGGCCACAGGUAAAAUGUCUUCUAAGUAGAUUUUUUGUUCAGUCUUUUCCUGUUUUGUCAAAAAUUAAGAGGGUUGAGAAAAAUAGCGAAAUAAUUUGCAAACCAAUUUUUAGACACCAAAAACUCGUGUAACUGGCGGAAGUGUUCACUCGAGUUCAGCGGCCGCAGUUCAACCACAACAACAAGUUCAACGCCCACGGGUAGGAUUUUUAGAUGAUAAAAAAAGAUUUCGAUUCGGAUACUGGGUUUCAGAAAAUUCUAUAAAUUAUCCCGAUCAAAUAGUUUCCUCGAACCUUCAGAUCAUCCCGAGAUGUUUCAGGUGACACCUUCAAUAUCAGCAACACCAUCCCAACCACAACAACAACGCCCAUCUGCUCCACGUCCAGUUACUCGAAGACCAACAGUUCCAGUGAAUCGAGUCCGACCACAACCAUCUCAAACAGUUCGACGACCAGAAGUUGUUGCGACAACUGCUCCACCAGCAAGAUCGCAUUUGGUGCCAACUGGAGGAGAAAAACCGAAAACCGCUUCUGGCAAAUUCCUCCAAUGUUGUCAAAAUCGAAAAGUCGUCAAAGCUUGUGAAAGAAUUUGCAGCUUUGAUGUGUUGAGCAAGAAAACUGUGAGUUUUGAAAUCCAGAUUUUAAGUAACUUCAAAUUUAGUUGACUGGAAUGUUCUUGGGAACCGAUCCUUGUCCACAAGCCCACGGUCUCGAUUUGAUGCAAUGUGCCGCUGAUUCAGAUGAUCAUACACAAUGUUGUAUUGAAAAAGAGGUCGAUCGAACAUCUGCCGGCAAAAAAUGUUUGGGAUUCUGUAACAUGAAACCAGGUGUUACAUUCCAGGUAAGAUCUGAGAUAAAACUUCAGUCACACCCAUCUAAUUUCAGGCUGAUGUCUCAAUGCUUCCAUGUUGGGGAGUUCUCAAUGAUAUCAAACAAUGCUUUAAAGAAAAUUUGGAGCGACAACUCGCUGCCUCAUAA